AUGCUCAUGGCACCGAUCGACCCAUUGCAGCCCGACAAACAGCUACACAUGGAUGUUGAUCAUCAAGAAAACAUGGAUAAACACAUCCAAAGACGCUCUUCUCUCCCUCGCCUGGCUAAAGGUGAUCCAAAUGUACUGCCUCUGCCCCAGAAACGGGUCGUAUACUACAGAAUUGUCCCUGGUCGGCAGUCACCCGGCGUCAUCAACAACAACACAAUGUCAUCUACAAACACCAUCACUCCGUCUUCAAAUCCCAUUCCUCCCAAUCCAUUGCCACCACAACCUUCAAAACAGAUUAUCAGUAAUAAUUUAAAAAGACCUUCCUCUGCAAACUCGUCAUCCUCAAAACCACUACGCACAAAGUCACCUGCUAUAAAUGCUCUACGAAAGGAGAAACUGGAUUCUGGAAAGGAUCAUGUUGAUCGUAAACGUGAUGAGGCACGUAUCUUCUAUUCCUUAUCGCAAUUGCCGGCAUGUUGUUCGGCUGCUUCUGGCACGUCAAGGAGAAGGACUGGCAGUGCACCACCACCUAUUAAACGGGCAAGAACUGGCGAAGAGACACCAUCACUCACAGAUGAGAGUGUGGCAUCUGUGCAAGAUCAUCGGUGGACUCCUCCCCCUGAUGAGCAACUAGGAAACUGUGAAUUGCUGCUCGAGCAUGUGAAGACUGCGCCUGCUGGUACCUUCAUACCAUGGCCAGAUAUUGAACCUGGAAAGCCGUACGAGUGUGUUGAAUUGCAUUAUCCUGGAAUGGGUGCUCGGGAAUGUUUCCCAAUUGUAACAACUGACAAGGAGGAUAACAUUCAUCCACUAUUGGACUUUAUGUCUACUAUACAAGUGAUUACUCGGCAUUGCAUCCCCAUGAAAAACCAAGUCUCAUUCGGCUUCAAGAGAAAGCAGAACGAGACAGUCCCAAACUCUCUCCUCGGCAACAUAUUAAAAGCUUACGCCAACAGUGACACAAACCUACUGAUAUCAUCAGUCAAGGAAUAUAAUAUAGCCCUACAAGCACUCCGAGAGCAGCACACCUUCACACUCGCUGAACGGUCGGGUCCUGCCGCCCACGAAGAACUUGUAGUCCAUGCGCUCGAACAGGCAUACGGUCGAGUCGUAGCUCUACAUUCGGAAGGCUUGAACAAGUACAUUAGCUGGACGUCGAACGUCUAUGGUGAAAUCAAGCAUGAGUUUGUGACAAUGCUGAUUAAAGAAGCUGAUAUUAAACCACAUCAUGUCUUUUUGGAUUUGGGAUCUGGGAUUGGCAAUGUCGUGUUGCAGGUUGCUGCACAGACUUUGGCUGAAUGCUUUGGUAUUGAGGUUAUGGACAAUCCGAGUAAAUUGGCUGAGAUGCAGAGAGUCGAGUUUCUGAAGAGGAUGAGGUAUUAUGGUAAACCUUGUGGCAAGAUAACUUUGAAACAGGGCAAUAUGUUGGAAGAUCCAGAAACAAUUAAAUUCGUUCAACGAGCGGAUGUUAUUCUAGUGAACAAUUAUGCAUUCACAGCUGAACUUAAUCAAAAGAUUUUGCAGCUAUUUUUAGACUUGAAGGAUCACGCCAAAGUGAUUUCACUCAAGAGCUUCAUUCCGGCAGAUCGUAACCUCACGUUGCGUAACAUGGACAGUAUUGAGUCCAUUCUUAAAAAUAAGGAGUACGUCUUUGGUCGGGAGAGCGUGUCAUGGAUGAGUGAGGGAGGCAAAUUCUAUAUUGCUACACGUGAUCCUAAAUGGAGAAAGGAGCAAUUGGAUCGCAUCCUUGCCGAGGUGCCUUCAUAA